AUGGUGAGACAGCAACCCGGACUAGCUUGUGAAGAAUGUCGUCGUCGCAAAGCACGAUGUGAUCGGGUACGUCCUCAGUGUGGUGUAUGCUCCGAUUCAGGUCGGAAAUGUGUAUUUGUGGACAAGAGGUCACCUAGAGGGCCAAAGAAAGGUCAGCUUAAGGAACUCAGAUCUCGUGUGGGGAACCUCUCAGCAAUAAUUGAGAACCAGCUGGCCAGCCAGACUCGAUCGAAUAGUGUAGACUCCCAGAUCCUUGAGUCUGUUGAGGCGAGUCCAGAGUAUGAGAUGCCAGGUGAUCUCCGGGCAUACAGUGCAGGUGCAAGUGGGUUGGAUGCCGACGCGUUGCAAAGGUCUGAGUUUGCUUCAAGCGCAGAGCGCUCCAUCUCCAUCUCAGAUGAACAAAUUGAUCGAAGGUUGUCGGCUGUAUCAGCUGGGUAUGUACCUAGCACUUGGUCAAAUGAUGGAGUGUUUUCACCAAGUUCCAACCUUUACGAUCUUCGUCCGGCUUCUGCUAUAGAUCUUAUCUACUUUGACCGAGUGAACCCUAUGGUGCCUAUGAUUAAUAGAGAUCACUAUUUCACAUGGGUCAACAGAGACAAUAUCUCGCCUACUCGUGUCUGUUUACGGUUAGCAAUGCGAGCUGUCUCUGCUGCCAUGUCAUCUGAAUUCGGUGAAAUAUCCGAAGUCCUAUAUCUACGGACUCGCCAGAUGCUUGAAAUCCAGGAAAUGCAGGGAUCAGCUGGAUUGCCAUGGAUGACCAGGCCCAGAAGUCCCCGAAACUGGAUAGAUUAUGAACUGAUCCAAGCGUGGAUUCUCCUUGCCCACUAUGAGUUCUUCCGGAAAUUUGAGCAGGAGGCACUUCUCACUUGUGGCCAUGCCUUCACUCUGCUUCAACUCUCCGGUAUAUUCAAUGUUGAUAUGCAAACGAUGCAAAUUGGUCUAGUAUCUUCCCCACCUGAGUACCCAACGCCGAGAUCCUUUGUACCUGGUCCUUCUCCUGCAACGCAGAUGACCAAUGGUCAGAAUAGGAGUUGGGUCGAAGUAGAGGAAAUGAGACGGACUAUCUGGGCCGCGUUUGUUCUUGAUCGACUUUCCAGCAUGUUGAAUCAUCGACCCCCAAUGCUUCAAGAAGAAGUCAUUUAUGCCCGCCUCCCAAUGCCCGAGGCUGAUUUUCAGACUGGUCAACGACCGGUACUCAUGGGUUUCCUUUCGGACGUCAUGAGUAAUAAUGAGAACUAUAUCACACUUCCCCCUUUCUCUCAAUGCAUUGCAUUAUCAAGUCUCUUCGGCCGUUGCAUAAGUCAUCGACGCCUCUCACAGUCCGUCUCUCCUCCAGGUUCCGAGAUAGAAUCACAGGGAUUCUGGGCUCGGCACCAAUGGUUAGCGACAGCUGCCGGGGCUAUCACGAAGACAAGGCUACAAGAUCAAAUGCCCCAUGAUUCCAAAUCCGCGGAGCCAAAUUAUGAUACCAUGAUCUUUUUCAACCAUGUUCUAGCCUAUAGUACAUGCGUACUGCUAAGCGAGACAGCCGAAGAAAGACCCUGGCAAACACUGGACGACCAAAUGGUUUCGUUAACCUAUAAACAGACUGCAUACCAGGCGGCAAACGAGGUUGUCUCCUUGGUGCAGAAUCUACCUCAAAUGGCUUUUAUCAAGAUGCAUGUCUUUCUUGCGAGUGCAAUAUGCAUUGUUGCGAGAUUCCUCAGCGCUCCUACCACACAGCUUGUUUGCUCCGAGGGAAGUGGACAGGAAAGUGUUAAGAGCUUACUAUUUGCCCUGAGAUAUCUUGGUGGCAUUAGUAAUAUGGCACGAGAUAUUUUGACGAAGCUUGAGGCGGAGAUUGCGUUGACGAUGCCUGCGUCAGUGCAGAUGGCGACUUGA